GGACGUCAGCCAAGGUAUGACAGAGGCGAUGGAACGCUGAAGGAACAAAGUUACAAUUCCUUAGCUUCGCAGAAAGAAAAGUUAACUUUUAUCAGGAAAGACCAAAAGAAGGAAUUCAAAUGGCGGAACAGUUUUCAGACCUGGAGAAGGCCAUAAACACCUUGGUCACACAGUUCCAUGCUGCCGCUGCUGACAAUAGCCCUACGCUGAAAACAGACGAGUUUAAGGGUCUCCUCUCCUCCCAGCUGCCAAACCUCGUCAAGACGGCGGGCAGUGAGCAGGGCCUGAGCGAGCUGCUGCAGAAGAUGGGAGUGAAGGACGGCGAGGGCAUCACCUUCAAGCACUUCUGGACGCUGAUCCAGUCACUGGCCACCACGCAGCACGGCCUGUCGAGCCGCUCCAAGACCACCAAGUGCAGCUGCAUGCUGCUCUGAGGAGCGGUGCACCGCGUGAGGAGACUGGGCGCGUCCAGGAUCUUCUCCAUUACACCACAAAGAGCAGAACCCCAGUCCCGUCCUGCCCCACCCUCCCCCCACCCUUGGUGUAGUCUCCAUUGUGGGAAACACCUUUGAUCACCAACCAAGUCUAGAGAUUAGAAUACAGCACUCUCCAUGCACAUUUAAAGAGUAACCCUGGAGAGUCGGUGCUGAGUGCUACAAACACAAUGUGAAAAAAAUGGUGCAUUUUAGGGCUUUGGUCACUUUUGGAGACUCCUGAUUGGAUCACACCACUAUGGUGGCUGUUUCCAACCUCUGCAAAAGCACAAAAGCACAGCCAUGGGCACACUAACCCCCCCCCCCCCCCACCCUGCCCCUACCCCAACACACACAGACACACACACACCUGCUGCAGUCUUUACUGUGGGUGAUCUCCCAGUCAGGUCUCUGUUCGAAUCUGUGCCCCCCCACCCUUACCCUCAAACCAGGUGCUGGAGAGUAUAGUUUACAUUGAUCCCCGCCUUCCAAAACAGUCAUUCCCAAACACUGGGGGCAACCCUCUCCUCUCCAGUACUAUAGAUACAGCAUCCCCUUUCUCUGAAAUAUCCAUAGUUUACAGAGAUGCAAAGAUCUAUGUUUGCUAAAAAGAAUCUGUCAUGAGAGCAUAUGUUGCACUUAAAAACCUUGAAUAAAUUUAGGCAAUGGACAUGACAACCUUUAGAAACACCACCUGUGCAAUCCUCUGCUCUUGGUAAUUGUGAUGAAGUCCCCACCCAGUUGAUCACUACCCAUGCUGAUUGUAAUGCCUAUAGCAGCUACUAACCUGUUAAUUCCAUGUGAUGCUGUCAAUGACAGUAAUCCAGUCACUUCCAGUUCUGGGGCCAGAACUUCCUGUAACCCAAAUGUAUUCGUGUUUCCACUACCAUUCAAUGUUUUACAUCCUAACAGAGUAUUGCAUUCAGUUUUUUGUCAUAUUUGUACAUUCUUAUUUUUCAAAGUUUUCUGGUCAAUAACCGAAACAAUGGUGACAUUGAUUUAAAAAUUUAUAUGCC